AUGGCUGCCAAACACAUCGGCCCAGCAUUCAGCAUCCCCCGCGCCCUCUCCACCAUCUUCCCCGACUCCCUCGCGUCCAACGCCCUUCGAAGCCCAGCUAUUUCCCUCCUCCAACGCCGCCAGUUCCACGAAUACUUCGUCACCCACCUGCCCUCGUCCUCCCUCGCACCAGACCGCAACCGCGGCACCGUCAACCACAAGCUCCCCCGCAGCGAAUCCCAACCCCACUCCCCCUCCGACUCCUCCUCCCGCUCGGCGGCCAGCAUCCCCCAGCAUCCCAGCAGAGACACGACCAUUGUCCGCAUCCCCAUCAAAAGCGCCAAACACCACUUCGGCGCGGGCGUCAGUCGCGGCAGCCGGCCGUAUAACGAAGACAGGUACCAAGCCGGCACCAUCGAGCUGCCUGCCUUUGCCAAGCGUCAGCCUAUUUCCAUUUCUAAGAGACCGGGGGGCCAGCAGCGCGACAAGGUCAGCCAGGAUGAAGCUGAUCAGCAGCAAGGGGCUACGAGCGACAUUGGCGAUCCGCAGGUGUUUUACUUUUCCGUCUUUGAUGGGCAUGGAGGGAGUGAGUGCUCCGAGUUCCUGAGGGAUCGCUUGCAUGGUUAUAUCGAGGAGGCUGCUUUGUUGUUUGGCAUGCGGAGUACGUUGCAGAAGGGAGAGGAUGGGAAAGGCAAGACACUGGCAGACGAGUCAGAGAAUGGUGCUGCGGCCGAGCAGGAUGCGGAGGAGCUGCAGCGGAGCGUGGUCAACAGCUGGAAGGAGACGGUCGGCGGGUAUUUUAAGCGAUUCCGCCCCGAGUACUUCCCUGCGCUCACUCCGUCCAAGUCGGGCGACGAGGGUUUGCAAGACAACAAGGCCGAAGACAAGCUUGCCAGCAACUCCAUCGAGACCGUCCUCACCUACGCCUUCCUGAAAGCCGACCUGGACUUUACCACCGCCCAAGCGCAGAAACACACCGCCACAGAGUCCAGCUCUCGUUCGACCGGCACGCAGCACUCCCUCGACGACCCCGUGCUCGCCGACAGACCCAUCAACGACAACGACCUCCUCUACCACCCCGACCGCCCGGCCUCGCAAAACCUCCACAAAACCGCGCAACGCACCCUCUCCCACUCCCCCGACCUCACCGCGCCCAUAGGCGGCUCCACGCGCUUCAAAGGCGGCUCCACCGCCUCCAUCGCCCUCAUCUCCACCCCAACCCCCACCCCCUUCUGGCACCCCGCCUCCCCCUCAACCCUCAUGACGGCCCACGUAGGCGACACGCGCAUCCUCCUCUGCCGCACGAGCGACGGCAAAGCCGUGCCCCUCACCACCAACCACCACCCCUCCGCCCCGAUCGAAAGCACGCGCCUCCGCCGCUACUCGGGCGCCUUCGUCACCGACUCCUUUGGCGAAGAGCGCGUGCUCGGGUUAGCAAACACGCGCGCUUUCGGCGACAUCAGCUCCAAACGCAUCGGCGUCAGCGCCGAGCCGCAACUCACGCGCGUCGAGCUGCCCGCCGCAGGCUACAGCUUCCUCGUGCUCGUGUCGGACGGCGUAAGCGGCCACCUCGAAGACCAGGAGAUCGUCGACGUAGUGAAAGAAGCCAAGACGCCCAAGCAAGCGGCCGACGAACUCGUCAAGUUUGCCGUCGAGGUGAGCGAGAGCGGCGACAACGCGACGGCGCUCGUCGUGCGGCUGGGCGGGUGGGAGAGGCGGAGUGAGGGCGGGGUGGGCAGUAUGGGCACCAAGGAGCAGCGCGACUACCGGCGCGAGGAGGCGAUGGACCCCAGGGGCCGGAGGAUGUAG